GCGUGGAAAACUCGAAUGUGGGUGGAAAACCCUUGGGGGUGGGUGGUCAGGAAGUGUCAGUGCGAGUUUUCCAGAAGUGUCACAGUGAAGAAAAUUUUUCACCUCAAAUUCUUGUGCGGAAAACCCAAAAAAGUGACUCAUUUCCAAUUCCUCAUUGGUGUUUUUUUCACAUUGAGAGUUUUCCCCAUACGGUGGGCAUUGAAUUGUGCGGAGAAAAUUGCUGGGAAAAUGGUGAUAAAAGUGAAAAAAGUGGCGAUGAAGUAAAAGUGUGUCGAUAAGGGAGUGCUGGGGCAAUCAUUUUUCACACAAUGAAGGUGCUGUGUACACUUCUAUGCUGCCUUAUCCUCAUCCCGAGCACGGCAAUCCCAUCGAGGGAGCCACGAGCUGAUGAGAACAUCAAAUAUGGGCUGGUUCACGCAUGGGCCGAAAAGCUGGGUAUUGAACUCUGGCACGUUGGGGACUUCAUAACAAGGAGGAAGUUAGUUCAAGAUAGCUUCAAACAAGCACAGGUUGUGCCUAGGUCUGGGCAAAAAAUUGCCGAUGAAAUGGCAAAGGAGAUUCUCUAUUUAAUGGAAUCAAGGAUCAGUGCUGUGAAGCGCAUCAUGGAUGCAGCUGAAAACAUGGCGUUGUCGUUUGAGCACAGUGAAGCCAAUUUCGACUUCCAGUAUUACAAUGCAAAGGAAAUGAUUGAACCAGGUGAAGCCCCACCAACGGCUGAUCCGAGAGAAUUAGACGACGAUGGUGAACCAAAGAAAUUGAUCCCACCUAAAGAGAUCGUCUUAACGCCUGAUCCUCAUUUCUUCAAUGAACGCGUCAAUACAAAUCACAGCUCAGUUCAUGUACCAACAAAUGUUUUCGACAGAUCUCUUGAGGUGAUCUCCGCUAUUGAAUGGUCAGAGAAGUUGAACAGUAUCUUCAGAGACAACUACAACAAUGACCCCAGUCUGUCAUGGCAGUUUUUUGGGAGUUCGACUGGCUUUAUGAGGCAGUUUCCAGGAUCAAAAUGGCAGGAAGAUCCUGUUGAUCUGUACGACUGUCGACUUAGAUCGUGGUACAUUGAAGCAGCCAAUAGUCCCAAGGAUAUUGUAAUAUUAGUGGAUAUAUCUGGGUCCAUGACGGGACAACGGAAUGACAUAGCAAAGCAUGUUGUCAACAACAUCCUCGACACUCUCGGUACGAAUGAUUUUGUCAACAUCUUCAAGUUUGCUCUGAGCGUCGAGGAGAUCGUUCCAUGUUUCCGUGAUAUGCUGGUACAGGCAAAUAUGGAGAAUAUUCGACAACUGAAAAUGGCAAUGGAGGACUUUCAAACCGAGGAGAUUGCCAAUGUUACUGCAGCUCUGAUCAGUGCUUUUGAACUACUGGAAGCAUAUAGGAAUGACCGAAUUGGAGCUCGAUGCAAUCAAGCUAUUAUGCUCAUAUCAGACGGUGUUCCGUACAAGUAUCAGGAUAUCUUUGAGUACUACAACUGGCCAUACAUGCCAGUAAGGAUGUUCACUUACCUCAUUGGGCGGGAAGUGGCAGAUGUGAAGGAGAUCAAGUGGAUGGCUUGUGAAAAUCGCGGUUACUACGUGCAUUUGAGUACAAUGGCGGAAGUUAGGGAGCAAGUCCUUAAUUACAUUCCCGUUAUGGCGAGACCACUUGUUCUCAACAAAACCCAUCAUCCAAUCAUCUGGACUCAAGUCUACGCAGACGAAGUGGAUCCCAAAAUGACGGAUUGGCAGUGGGAGGUGAAGGAACGAGAGGAGCAGAAGGAACGCUUUAUGAGUCAACGGAAAAACUAUUCGGCUUUUCAUUUGCCAGAUGAACAGGAUCGUCGCUAUCGCUUCAAGUUGCAACAGAACAUGGACCAAUCUUACGAAUCUGAAAAGUAUCACUUCAUGACGACGGUUUCGAUGCCUGUGUUCGAUAGACGCGAAAAUGCCAAUAUUACGGAAGACAUUCUAGUUAACGAGGCAUAUUGGGUCACGAUAACACGUGAGACGAAAAUUGCCAAUCUACUGGGAGUUGCUGGUACGGAUGUUCCAAUAAAGGAUAUCAAGCGCUUAAUGAUGCCCUUCAUGCUCGGUGUCAACGGAUAUGCCUUCAUUGUUACAAACAAUGGCUACGUUCUGAUUCAUCCCGAUCUAAGGCCAAUCUUCCAGGACAUCCUCAAGCCAGCCUACAACAUGGUGGAUAUGAUUGAAGUUGAAUUAAUGGACGAUGAUAGGGAUCCGAGGGAUUUCAAUGAAAAUUUAAUAGAAAUGAGAGACUCUAUUAUAAAUCAAUCAAAUGGUUCAAAAUGGAUGCUGGUGAAGUACCAUUUGGAUGGAAUGAAAAGAGUUUCUCGUAUUAAGCGUCAGUACUUCUGGACGCCAUUGAAAGAAUCCCCCUUCACUCUCGUGGUUACCUACCCUGAGAGCUAUGGGGUGAAUCGGAUCCAACCAAGGACGGAAGAUGAGAUUCAUCGUCUCCUGGCGCAGGAGCACAAUCUCACAAAUUUCUUCAAUGGAAAUCAUUGGAGUAUUCAUCCGGAUUGGAUCUACUGCAAAAGCAAGCAUCGCUUCUACAGUAGUCCGGAGAAUGAGCUCAAGGAUGUUCUCAAGAACAUGAGCAAGCCCGGGUGGCGUUGGCCUCUCAAUAGAACCCCACCACCCCCUGAGCAUGCGGCUAAUUUCAACUACUCUAACAGUUCAGGACGUUCAGCGUCAAAAACUGAAAAGGAUCACUACUACUGUGACCGAAAUCUGAUGCAGUCUCUUGUCUAUGAUGCAAAGGUAACGAGUUGGUGGAAUGCAACGCACACCCUCAAGGAUGAUAAGGGGAAUGAAUUCAAGCAGCGUUUUGGUAUAACCGUUGCCUUCAUGGCCACACAUAGCGGUUUAACCCGAUGGCAGGAGUUUUAUAGCAACUCCGUUGAAGAAAUUCGAUCAGAUCAAAGUUUCAGUGAGAACAAUAAGCGUGCUGUUGAUGAGAUUUGGUAUAAACGCGCAGUUGAGCAGCAUUUCAUUGAACCAACUAGUUUCACGUACUCUGUACCAUUUGAUGCGGCUGAUAUAAUUCACAACACAAAUGACACAUUGGUUACAGCUAGUCACGCUAUUUUCCACUCUGAUGGUGGAAAGUCAGCCCCGGCGGCUGUUGUUGGCUUCCAAUUUCAACAUUCAGCGCUUUUGACACUCUUCCGCAACAUUACGGCCAACUGCGGAGAUGCUAGUUGCUCAAAAACAUGCGCAUCCGACGGGAUUAAUUGCUACAUUUUAGACAACAAUGGCUAUGUGAUUGUCAGCCCUGAAAUUGGGGAUACGGGGAAAUUCUUCGGUGAAGUUAAAGGUGCCAUUAUGCAACGGUUGGUUGAUGAAAAUAUCUACAAACAAGUCAUGAUCUACGACUAUCAAGCUGUUUGCUUUGCCGUGAGGGAAUCAGCCAAUAUGGCUGGGAUUCUUCAAACGCCACUGAAGUUCAUACUGAAAUUCCUCCAAAGCUUCGGACGAUUCAUAAUGUUCAUUUUUGUGGAACUUUUCGUCUUACCUGUGGAUGCAUACAAUGCUUAUUCUUAUGCAAGCGAUGAUCUCUUCUACCCGGACAACUACGAUGGUCUACCACUGCCAACAGAGCCCUACGGAGGCCCUCUGCCCAAAGCGAAAGAACCAGAAUUUGAUCGGCGUGUUCUCAUCAACAAGACUCGCCCACAGCCGUGCGAUCAGAUCAUCACACUGUAUCAGCUGAAUAUGGAUAAGGAGAAGACGGUGUUCAAGAAACCCGCCAGUGGAUGUGAGCGUCCCUUUGUGGUCACACCCAUUUCCUACAGCAACCUCAUCCUUCUCGUUGUUGACACCCUCUGCCCCAUAAGUGAUCCCGAAAUCAAGCUGACAAUCCUCCCAAUGGAUUUCCACUACAACGCUUCCCUGGCUUGCCACAAGAUUCGCUUCAAUGACCUCCCGCGGAAGAGGCCAACGAGCUGCAUCAACACCCACGACAAGGAGAGUACGAUUGAGUUGUGUGGAAGAUCACCACGUAUUGGUGUAUCUAUUAGUCUUUUGUUCUUCGUUCUUGCAAAGAUCCUUUCGGGACACUAACGUGAAAACCAAUAGGUUCCGGCAAGGGAGAUAGAAGUUUGAAAAUGGCGUUCAAAACGUUAAUGAAGCCCAUCUGAAUCAAAAUUGGUUGAUCUUUGAAACAAAAUGGCGGUCGAGAACAUUACUAGGCAGUGCUGCCAACACUUCGAGAACAGUGUGAAGUUGGCUUCAUUCCACGAUGAAUUAUUUGAAAACGACGCCAAGGUUCAGCCAUUUUGUAUUUUUUCGUUUAAAAAACCAAAAAUAUUUGCCUUUUUGAUCAUCUCAUUGCUCACACAGAAAAAAUUUUCAGGUUUUUCUGAUUAAUAUUGCAAAAUGAAAACAUGACCGAUUUGAUUAGCGCGAGUACGAUGUCGAAAAAUGUCCAAUACACAGAGCGCCUUUGAAUCAAUUAGAUCUAAUUUAAUAUUUUAUAGUUAAAUAAACCAUUUUAGCAACACGUAAAUCAGCAUUUUUUGUUGUUGUAAAAACUGUGAUAAAUAUUUUUCAUGUUGGAGUUCCCAAAAAAAAGAAAGUCCCGAUGGUUGCAGGACCAUUACAAAAUGAUAAAAAAAUUUCUAUAUAUAAAAUUUUAGAGAGCUUUCCUAAGUAAAAGAAAAAAAAACUUUGUCAUAAUGAGGAAAUAAAUUUUACUUUAGAAUAAAUUACAAAUUGUAAAAACUACAAUUCAAUGUAACCGCAUGGUAAAAAAAAAGAUUAUAAAAAAUAAGUCUCUUAACAAAUUGUAAAAUAACAUUUUGCUUUUUUUCCGAAAACCUUUUCAAGGUGAUGAACCAGAGAAAAGGACGCGAUCACAUAAAAGAAAAAUAAAUUUACGUGAUGUUACGGAAAA